AGGAAUCUCUGAGAGCCAAGGGGACGGAUCAAAGCAGGCUCGAUGCUGAGCGAGGUGAAGAAGCAGCUGCGCCUGGCGGGGCCGCUCGUCGCCGGAUUUCUCCUCCAGAACGUCGUCCAGAUGAUCUCUGUCAUGUUCGUCGGCCACCUCGGCGAGCUCGAGCUCGCCGGAGCAGCCAUGGCAACCUCCUUCGCCAACGUCACCGGCUUCAGCUUGCUGUUUGGCAUGGCGAGCAGCCUGGACACGCUGUGCGGGCAAGCCUUCGGCGCCGGGCAGCACCACCUGCUCGGCGUGUACAAGCAGCGCGCGAUGGUGGUGCUCACGCUGGUCAGCCUCCCGGCGGCGGCGGUGUGGGCCUACACCGGCGAGAUCCUCGCGUGGUGCGGCCAGGACCCGGAGAUCGCCGCGGCGGCGGGCAGCUACAUCCGGUGGCUGAUCCCGGCGCUGUUGGUGUACGGGCCGCUGCAGUGCCACGUCCGGUUCCUGCUGACGCAGAGCGCCGUAGCACCCGUGACGCUGAGCUCCGGCGCCGCGGCGCUGAGCCACCCGGCCGUCUGCUGGCUGCUCGUGCACAGGCUCGGCUUCGGCAGCCGUGGCGCCGCGCUGGCCAACGGCGUCGCCUUCCUGGCAGACCUGCUCUUCCUGGCGCUCUACGUCAGGCUGUCGCCGUCUUGCAAGACCACCUGGCAGGGGUUCUCCCGCGAGGCGCUCCGCGGCAUCGCCGGCUUCAUGAAGCUCGCCGCGCCGUCUGCUCUCAUGCUGUGCGUAGAGGGGUGGUCAUUUGAGCUGCUGCUGCUACUUUCCGGGCUUCUUCCACACCCAAAACUUGAGACGGCCGUGCUGUCCAUCUGCUUCAACAUUAGUACCUUCGCAUUCAUGGUCUCAUCUGGAUUUGGUGUGGCCAUAAGCAUACGUGUUUCAAAUGAGCUCGGCGCAGGGCGGCCACAUGCUGCCCAUCUGGCGACACGUGUUGUCAAGCUCCUCGCAUUUUGUGUUGGAAUGUUCCAAGGAAUUAUGGUGGUGCUAUUACGCAACAUACUGGGUCAUGCAUACAGUAACAACAAAGAAGUGACCAAGUAUACGCAUAGAAUGCUGCCCUUCGUCGCAGCGUCUAUCAUCCUUGACUGCCAGCAGUGUGCUCUUUCAGGUGUUGUUAGGGGUUGCGGCUGGCAAAAGAGAGGUGCUUUCAUCAACCUUGCUGCCUAUUACCUUGUUGGAAUCCCGGCAGCAGUCAUUUUCGCCUUUGUCUUCCACCUUAGAGGAAUGGGACUUUGGUUUGGACUCUUGUGCGGAUUGGUGGUGCAGACUAUCUUGCUUCUCUCCAUUACUUUAUGCAUGAAUUGGGAUAAAGAAGCAUUGAUGGCAAAGGAUAGAGUAUCCAGCUCUACUCCUCCUGUUCCUGCAGAGAUGUCAACAUUGAACAAGUCAAUGGAAGUUUGAGGCACCAGAAACAAUGCUUCUUCCGAUCAAUAAUGGCCUUUCCAUCCUAACCGAAUGUAUAUUUAUGCUUGCCAAUUGAUUUACACUUGGCCUCUACUUUACAAAAAGGACAGCAAAUCUUUGAUAUAAGGUUCAAACAGAGUUGUGGUCGUAAAUGAAAAUUUUUGAAGAUAGGUAUAUAUGUGAUUUGUCCUAAAUUAAAUGCUAAACGCUGUCUUUUUGGAGUAAUAUCACUAAAAAAGUUGUGUACUGACCUGGUGGU